AUGCGGGCAGGUCCCUUCGCCUCGGCCCAGGAAGAUGUAGUACUUGGGCAGAUCUUGAAAAACAUGAGCGCCAUCGUCAUAGCGAAGACAAACCUUCUGCAGCUUGGACUCUACCUCCAGGGGACCGAAACCGAGAAUCCUCUCUGUAGGCUCACGAUCAAUCCUCGCAAUCCUUUUUUUUCCCCACCUGGUGGCUCAACGGGUGGUGAAGGUGCAUUGUUGACAUUGUAUGGAUCACGAUUUGGAGUCGGAAUUGAUAUCGGCGGAAGCAUAAGAAUCUCACAGUCUACCAUGGGUUUGUGUGGCUUCAAACCAAGCGCAAGCAUCAACCGCCGUGAACAAAACUGCCCUUCCUUUCUCUUCACCUACAUGCACUUGUUUUUUUCCACAGAGCGCUCGACUUCCUUAUUAGGGCGUACCCGUCUCCACCGAAAACCAAGAGCAUGUCCCAUCUGCUACAUGAGCCGGCUGAUAGCGAACAGUCAGCCCUGGAAUCUCGAUCCACGAUACGCUCCUCUUCCCUAG